AUGUGGCCGUUUUGGGGAUUGGACCUGAACCGAGUCCGCUGUGACCUGCUCUUCACAGAAGCCAUCAAUCAAAGGAUGCAGGUUCCCAACAGGCUGAAGGUAGCAGAUAGCUUCAGCCCGGUGGAUGAGGAGCCAGUGACAGAGGAUGUCCCUCCUUCCUUUCGGAUGCACAUCCCUGAUAGGAUUUCUCUUGCAGAAAUAUCAGAUGCCAGUUUGAGGCCCAUCCUGCUCCAGCAAAGGAAGGUCCCCUCUGUUGUAGUGCCCAUGUCCCCGGACUCCUCUGCGCAGCCCACCCGCCUCGGGGAGCUCCCUUUUCUGCACGUAGCCAGCAGACCAAGCUCCCAGAAACGCAAACGAUCGGGCCAUCACAGCAGCAGGUCGCGGCGGGAGAGGACUCCAAGUGACUGUGCCCAGCUGGUCUUGCCCAGCCCGAGCCAGCACCAUGAGCGGCCAGACGCGUGCCCCUUGCCCAUGCGCAGUGCCCCGCUCCCCCUCCUUGCGGAGACGGGCAGGAUCUACUCCAUGCAGAACAUCUUCCAGACCAUGUACCUCUUGGGCCAGGUGCUCUUCCACCGUCUCCAGAACUCUCUGCAAGACCCAGUGCAAUCCAGCUCCCAGGAGGCUGGCCCAACCCCAGAGAGCACCUUGGAGGAGGUUGGGGCAGCUGAGAUGGCAGCAAUGAGAAAUCAGUUGACGAGGAUCUCGGGGAGGCUCCGCGUGCUGGAGGAGCAGUGCAAUGCCUGGCGGCAGAAGGAGGCCCUGGUCUACUCCGUGCUGAUCUCCGCCUGCCUCAUCAACACGUGGCUCUGGCUGAGGAGAUGA